CCUAAACUCGAGAUGAAUAAAUUGUGAAGGCGACGAGUGAAUGUCCAAAGCUCUCUUCUCGUCGGAAUCGGUCUCUGACUACGCAACAGACUUCAUUCAUUCCACAGAAACCCUAGGUGAAUACUAAACAGUUGCCUCAAUUUCUCUGGCUGACUUAAAUACAGUUGCCUCAUUUCUGGAGAGAAAAGAGAGAAGCAACCAUGGAUGUAGCUUAGCAAUUGGCAAUGGAGUAAUCGAGGUGGCCUGAACACCACACUGGCGGAGCCACCUUAUAGGAACGCGGAAAACAUACACUGUGUAGGAUUGCAAUGGACACUAUUAAACAUGAGAAAGUAAGGAGAUUUGAGGAGUUUGUUGAUCGCCGUCUGAAACCAGAUCUUGUUCAUGCAAUUGCUGAACGGGACAAGGUCUUUGAACAGCAAAAGAUUUUCUCAGAUUUAAGAAGCAAUAUAGAGAAUUUGGAGAAAAACAGUGUAACUAAUAUGAGGACGCUGGUUAAUCUUGGCUCUGAAGUAUACAUGCAAGCUGAUGUGCCAGAUACAACGCGCAUAUUUGUCGACGUCGGACUUGGAUUUCAUGUAGAGUUCACUUGGUCGGAAGCUCUAAAGUAUAUAUCAGCAAGGGAGGAGAGAUUAGCCAGGCAAAUAGAGGAAUAUACACGUCUAAUUGCAUCAAUUAAGGCCCAGAUCAAGAUGGUUCAUGAAGGGAUACGUGAGCUGCUCCAGCUUCCGGCAGAACCAGCUUACUAAGGUGUACAUGUUGUAUAUUGGUAAAGGAGAGGGGAUUUACAGAGACGAGGACCACCAAAAAGUGAAAAAUGAAGACUAAGCUAAUUCUCUAUCCAUCAAAAUGGUGGAUGUGCAAAUGUUCUAUAAAGGACUUCUCUAUCUGUUCCUUUAAAAAAGAUCAUCUGUGGAAGAGGAGGGGUGGUUGAUUAAAAUUUCCAUCAGUUUUUUUAGAAGUUUUGGAUACUGCAUUAGGUAUCAGAACGACUGCAUUAGUUUUCUUGUGCUUAUUACUGACUGACCGAUGGCUCGUAAACAGUGGAAUUGGAACCAUACAACCUAUUUGACUAAUAUAUUUGAGGUCAAUGCUAAAGCCUAACUGUGUGUCUCUAUGAAGGUUGUAUAUUGUUGAGAUACAAUAACAUGGACAUUUUAAA